AUAUGUCCUUGGUAUAAAAAUCAACUGUGUGCACGUUUGCUAUUUUGAUGUAAAUGUCCAGGAAGUCAGUGAGAAGUUUGAUUUUGCUCUUCAGCAAGUCCAAAGCCACAUCCCGGGAGAAAGACAUUGCGAAUGAAGAUUCGGGGCUCCUGCGGACCCGGAUUCCAACAACCAACAGCCAAAAGGCCCAAACCCAAGCGGGCUUGUCUCACUGAAAUGACAGAAGAAUCCCACCGAGGAGCAUCUGGACCUCCACGCGGAAUUAGCGGCGCAACCGGGACGGAGGUUCCUUCCGGCCGCCGUAGUCUCGGCGCUGUUGAUGACGUCACCGUCCGGAGGAGAAUGGCGCCGGUCAAGCAGUCGCAGAGAAGCUCCAGUCGUGUGGACAGGGAAAUGGUUGUGAAGGCGAGUGGGAAGAGGAAUUCCCGGUAUUUUAAGAAGGGCUGGGGCAGCAUUAAGGAAGGAAAGGGAUUUGCUUUCCAGCAGAAGGCGAAGAUUAAGCAUCAGUACAAGAAGAUAUUGAGAAAAGAAAAACGAGCGCAGCAUCCUCGAGAUGUAGAGUAUGCAGAUAAUUACCCAGAUCAUUUGCGCCAUCUCUAUCUGGCUGAAGAAGAGCUACUUAAGAAACAAUCAAAGAAAGUCAAACGUGAGGAACCUGUAACAAGUCAGCCAGAUUCUCAACCAGAGACACCAAAAAAGAAAAAGAAAAAGACAUCUUAUCAAAAAACUAAAGAGGAAUAUGAAAAAAGGCAAGCUGAAUAUAAAAGGAAGAAAGAAGAAGCAGAAAAAAGGCAAAAAGAAAAGGAAGAGGCACAGAUGAAAUACAAAGAACAAAAACUGGAGAGGUAUAGAAUACUCUGUAAGAAGACAAGAACGGGGCAGCCAAACCUGAACCUGCAGAUGGAAUACUUGCUUAAAAAAAUCCAAGAAAGGACAUGAAAUAAGAUCAUCCAUUUCUAACUUUGAAAGUGGCACCACUUGUUCACUCAUGGAUCUCGUUACCUAUUUAAAAAUUUCUGAUUCAUUUGCCAUUGGACCAUGAAGAUGAACAUUUUACAAUUUUUCAUUCAGAUCUUGAAUGCUGGCCGCAAAUAGCUCAUUUGUAAGCAUCAAUAGCAAAUGGAGGGAAAGAAAAACAAUCUACAGUACCUUGGACCUUUAUGAUCUUAGGAAGAUAAUUCUGCUCUGCUCAUUAGUUGGAUUUAACUUUAAUCAGUUUAACUUUGAAAAAUGUGACAUAUUUAUAACUUUUAUAUUUGGAUCAUUUGGGUUAAAUGUUUUAAUAUUUUAUCUAAAUCUAUGAUACCUUGGCCAGUGGCCUUCCAUAUGGAGAUAUUACUGAUUUUAUUUUUAAAAUGUGACAUUGAUGAGUCUAGUGACGUUUCUCAUUUAACAGAUAUUAAAAUAUUGAAGGCAGUAUCAAUAAUGUGCCAGUGGCAUGGUAGUUGUAUCUAAAAGUCAAUACCGAAUAUUGAAUCUGCAGUAUAGGAUUACAUGUGUGCUAAUGGAAGUAGUGAGUUUGACAUUAUCAAGCACAUUAGAUCAAAGCGCUACCAUUCUGAUAUUCUGUGAUGUGAACGGUGAUGGACAGUGAAGUGGCUAAUGAGAGAAAACAAAACGUGUGUUCAUAUUCUCAAUGAUGGUGUAGUCCAGCAUGAAUGCAAAAGGAUGAAACAUUCAUAGUCUGUCUUCAGCCAGUUUGAUUCCUUCCCUCAUCAAGAAACAGCUAUGUACACUUAACUGACAAGAACCAAGUGGUACUUCUGAAGGCCCGAGUUCCUGAAUUGCCCAUGGCUCUAGUCAAGCUGUUCCAAUGCAGAUACAAAUUAUUGUGGCUCGAUAUUGUCUCAUCAGCCACAAACUUGUUUGUUGCUUUCUAACUCAUACAUGAUAGGUAAAAAUAUAUCUCUGGCCCUUCAUUGCCACUGUAAAAAGAUCUAGGAAUGACUUGCCUAAUAUUUGUGGACUGUAGUGGUUCAAAAGCUGGCUUGCCCUGGUCUUUUCAAGGGUAUUUAGAGAAGUUAAUGAAUGAAUACAAUGUGCAUUGAUAAACCCUCAUCCACUGAAUAGUUCAUUCAGAAAAACGUCUUGAGUAAUGAUUUUCAUUGGAUAACGUCAUCUUGUAUUUGCACAUAAUGUUAAUGUUGUACACUUUAAAAUUAACAAACCUGGAUGCAGAGUACAAUUCCUCCUUUCUGCACCCAUAAUUGUGAAUUAGAUCCACUCUGAUGCUAGCAAAUGUGCCUGACUUUUGUUCACCUCUGCUGAUUCAGGUCUUAAAUCUUGGAGGGUGUCCUUUUGAAACUCAACUACACUUUUUAACAUGGAACCUAACAUCACAAGAAAAGUCCUUUCACUCAGUACUGCUGACCUCUUAAGCUAAUCCCAUUUGCUUGCACUUAGUCUGUAUCCUUGUUCACGUGUCUUUCUAAGUACCUCCUAUAUGUUGCUUUUGUGUCUGCUUCUACCAGUGGCGUGUUGCAAGCACUCUUACCUUAAAUUUAUAUCCUCUAGUAUUUGACAUUUUCACCAUUCAACAAAGUCUAUCUCCCCUGAAUAUGCCCCUCUCAAUCUUAUUUCCUGUUACUGGGUCACCCCUCAGUCUCCUAUCACUGCAGCAGAAAAAAUCCAGGUUUUUGGCCAACCUCUUCUUGAUGCCAAUACUCUCUGAUCCUGGUAAAAUCCUCAUGAAUCUCUUCUGCACAUUUUCAAUGCCUGCACAUCCUUUCUGUAAUGUAGCAACCAGGACUGUACAAAUGUAACCAAACCAAAGUUAUAUAUUAGCUGCAAUAUUAUUUCUCAGCUUUUAUACUCACUGCCCAAACUAAAUUUGCUUGGAACUGUUAAAGAGAAAUCAUCUGUCUGAGUUAGAUUUCAGUUCAGAAUGUUAUCGCCAAUGUAAUUUUGCUGGUUAACAAGGGAACUUGCUUUUUGCAUCAGACCCCUUUGGAUGCAAGAGCACAAAAGAGCAAUAAAGUUAAUAGCCUUUGUUAA